AUGGCGCCACCCGACGCUGACAUCUACCCGGAGGCCACUGGCCAGGCCAUCGACACCGUGAAAGCCCACCAAUCCCCCGCUCCGCUCACGCUCUACGCGGGCUGGUUCUGCCCCUUCGUGCAGCGUGUCUGGCUCGUGCUCGAAGAGAAGCGCAUCCCGUACCAGUACAUCGAGGUGAACCCGUACCACAAGCCGGACUCGCUGCUCAAGCUCAACCCGCGCGGCCUGGUGCCGACGCUCGAGUACGACGGCAAGCCGCUCUACGAGUCGACCGUCGUCGUCGACUUCCUCGAAGAGGCCUACCCGGACCACGGAUCCGUGCCGCUGUACCCCAAGGAUCCCUACGAGAAGGCUCGCCAGCGCAUCUGGAUCGAUUACGUGACCAGCCGCAUCAUCCCGGCUUACCAUCGCUUCUUGCAGUUUCAGAUUGAGGAGGGCGGCAGGGAGGGGUUCGAGAAGGUGAAGAGCGAGUUCUUGGGUCACUUGAGGGAGUGGAUCAAGGAGGCUGAUCCGGAGGGCCCGUUCUUUGCGGGGAAGGAGCCUGGUGCGAUUGACUUCAGCUUCGCGCCGUGGGUGAUCCGUACAUGGGUCUUUGAUGAGUUCAAGGGUGGCUCUGGUAUCCCGAAGGAAGGGGAGAAGGGGGACGAUGAGGUUUGGAAGAGGUGGCGCAAGUUUGCGGAGGCUAUCGAGAAUAGGAAGAGCAUCAAGGAGACUACGAGCGAGCCUGAAUACUACAAGCCACUCUAUAAGCGCUAUGCGGACAAUAUCGCGCAAUCAGAGUUGGCUAAGAGUAUUCGUGCUGGUCGGGGUGUGGUAUAA